AUGGGCACCGUGCUUGUGGGGCUGAGAGAAAAGUUGACGCGGCUGCUGAGGUUUUUACCGAAGUUUGGGCGUGAACAUCAGCAGGAACUCGAGCCAGAGGAGCGCGGACGGCUGCUGAGGACGGGGCCGCACUUGUUGAACGCCAGGCGGGCGCUCGCGCUGUCCGAUCUGUACCGGCGGCAGCUGCUGUGCGACGCCGUCGUCCGACUCGCUGACGGCGGAUUCUUCUUGGUGCAUCGCGUCGUCCUCUCUACCUGCAGCAUGUACUUCAGGACACUGUUCACCACAAAGCUACACACGGUCUGCAAGACGGACGUCCUGAUCCCUGGUGUGACGACGGAGGAGAUGAGGCUCAUCUUGGACUACGCAUACCUGCGCCCUCUGCCCCUGAACGAGGCGAACGUCUACCGCAUGCUGGUCGUCGCCGACUACCUGUGCGUGACCGGCCUGCACGACCUCUGCACCGACUUGCUCAUCAGCAUGCUUUCUCCCAGUAACUGCAUCCACAUCAUGCUCUUCGCUAGACAGCCGCCGUGCACUCGGCUGGAGAGGGCAGCGCGGCGGUACGCGCUGCGGCACUUCCCGCGCGUCGAGAUGGAGACGGACGCGCUUCUCUGCCUGCCCGCCGCCGAACUGGGCGCCCUGCUCAACACGGACUGGCUCAACGCGCGCAGCGAGCAACUCGUCUGGUGCUGCGUGCUGCGCUGGACCGCCGUCAACCCAGCGGCGCGCAUGCGCUACCUGCCUCUGCUCAUGCGCUGUGUGCGCCUCGGCCUCCUCGACGUCCACUUCUUUCAGCGCAACGUGUGGGAAGAAGACCCAGCGGGCCCGCGCGCGUACCACGACAUCGUCGUCAUGGGCUCCGACGUGUACGUCAUCGGCGGUUUUAACGGCCGCACCGUCUUCCGGUCGUGCCGCUGCUUCAACGCCGCCGCCCAAGAGUGGCGAGAGGUCGCGCCCAUGAACUUUCGCAGGUGCUACGUAAGCGCGGCUGCCCUAGGUGAACUCAUCUACGCCAUAGGCGGCUACGACGGUGAGGAACGUCUGAGGACCGUCGAGUGCUUCGACCAUUACACCAACCAGUGGUCGCUGGUCUGCCCCAUGAACGCGCCGCGUUCCGACGCCACCGCUGUGGCUUUAGACGGGCGACUGUACGUGGCGGGUGGUUUCGACGGGCAGAACUACCUGCAGUCUGUGGAGGUGUACAGCCCCGUGGCCGACCAAUGGACCCUCAUACGACCCAUGCGCUUCCCUCGCAGCGGCGUCGCCGGCGUCGCCUACUACGGCUGUCUCUACGUCGUAGGUGGAAACAACGGCUAUUCGAGACUGCGGAGCGUCGAGAGAUACGACCCUGCUACCGGCCAGUGGGCGCUAAUCCCAGAGAUGUACACGCCGCGCAGUAACCACGCCAUCGCAGUCAUCGACGACAUGAUAUUCGCCGUCGGCGGCUACGACGGAACUUCAACCGUCUCCUACGUCGAGUGCUACAGUCCUUCCGCCAACGAGUGGACGAAGACCGGGCACUGAUGCGGGACGUGGUCGGCGACUCACGGAACUGCCAGCACGCAGCCUAGACGAAGACCUCAAAGAAGAACUCAAAGAAGAGAUCAC